CCGGUGCCGAGGAUGUGGCUGUACGUGGUGGCCGCGCUGCUGGGGCUGUUCCUGCUGCGCCGCUGGCACCGGGAGCGGCAGCCGGUGCCGCGGCUCUCGGAGAAGCACGUGCUGAUCACGGGCUGCGACAGCGGCUUCGGGAACCUGCUGGCGCGGCAGCUGGACGCGCGGGGGCUGCGGGUGCUGGCCGCCUGCCUGAGCGCCGCCGGGGCCGCGCAGCUGCGGGCGGCCACCUCCGACCGCCUGCAGACCGUCCUGCUGGACGUCACCUCCAGCCAGAGCAUCGCCGAUGUCACCGCCUGGGUCCGGGAGCGUGUGGGUGACCAAGGGCUCUGGGGGCUGGUGAACAACGCCGGGAUCGCCAUCCCCACCGCCCCGAACGAGUGGCUGACCAAGGAGGACUUUGUCAAGGUGCUGGAUGUCAACCUGGUGGGGCUGGUGGAGGUGACACUGAGCCUCCUGCCGCUGGUGCGGCGGGCGCGGGGCCGCGUGGUCAACGUGGCCAGCGUGAUGGGCCGCAUGUUCACUCUGGGUGCUCUGGAUGAUUCAUCUCGCAGACCCCUGACGGAUCAGGACCAGAGGAGAAUUAAAGAGAAGCUGAUUCGCACAGUGUUCCUGUCUGGAGACCAGAGGAAUUUUGUGGGUUGGUAA